AAAAUGUUCCAGCUACGGAGAAAGGCUGUUCAAAGCGUGGCACGAGCCCCUGCUUCGAUAUCCAGAGUCACGAAACGGUAUUCGACAGGUCAACAUGGAAAGACGGGGGAUGAGGUACAUCAUUUCGCGGGAUCGAGUACGGAGCAUGACCACCAUCACGCUGGACCAAAGGCGGAAUCUCUAGGCAAUGCCUUCUACUUCGUCCUUGCAGCUAUCCCCGUCACCCUAUGCGUCUACACAUUCUCUCGACCAUCCUCGGAUGGAACACUCCCAGGCCUUUCAAAGAUCAUCGACAGCUACUCAUACUACAAGGAGCGAUGGGUGGCACGAAACACCUUGCAUACUGCUGCUAUUGAACAAGCUGCCUUUGAUCGGAAUCUGUUCCAGAGCUCACAGGGAAGCAAGCAUGUUAACUUGAGGUUUCCUGAAAUCUUCAACACAGGAGCACCACACAACGUUUCGGCGGGCCAGGGACCGAGGAAUAUGGAUCAAUUGGUGGCACAUUACGAAAAGCUGAACUCGGAUGAGGAAGAGAGGAAGGGUAGGGCGUUGGCUGAGAAGGCAUCAUAACGGACCAGUGGAAGAAGAGAUGAAUACCCGUACAUAUGAGAUCUUCUACUUCUGCUAUGCAUCUGUCGUUUUGUGGUAUGAUGUGGACUGUAUGUUUUUUGUUGACUCUCGAUUCGGUGACUUUAAAUCUUUUACAUCGCUCAAGCGGGCGUACUUGGAGCAAACAUGCGUCGUUUGCUUUUACUGCUUAUGACUAUCGCCGAAUUGCC